AUGGCUACCAACAAGAUCAGCCAAAAGUACCAAGCGUCCUGUCACUGCCAGCUUAUCCGCUACACUGUGACACUUUCUCCGCCGCUCCACGAUCCGGAAAGCUGGGUCGUCGAAUGCAAUUGCUCCAUCUGCGCGCGGAAUGGCUACCUCAACGUCUAUGUGCAGAACGACUGCAUUCAAUUCGAGAACGUGGAUUUAAACAGCCAACUUGUAGAGAAGUACCGCUUCGGCAAGGAGCGCGUGCAGCACUACUUCUGCAGCCGGUGCGCCAGCAGUCUGAUGGCGGAGAGUAUCGAGCCGGGAUUUUACGAGGGCGUCAAGGCACUCAACGUAAGGAUGUUUCAUGGUGUGGACGGGAGGACGCUGCAGCGGCGUGAGGUCGAUGGGCGCAGCCUCUAA